AGGAACCAAUAAUGCAAUGCAAUUUGUCUUCUGACUUUAACCAGUACCUUUGUCCAAAAUUUAAAUGCACAGGAAUAUGCUUCCUUAUAUUGGCAUUUUCAUUUUUCCUCUUAUUUAAGCUCAGUUGAACUUCCACUAACCUUAACCUUGACCAUUUCUCACAAUAAUUCAGAACUAUUAUCUGGUGAGUUUAUUCACUUUACGUAUAUUUUCUUCGAUUUUCAUUUUGGUGUUAAUCAUCCGGUUCUCAGCAGAAAGGGCUCGGUUAUCGGGAUUUCUGUCUGAAGAUGAAUAAAUUGUGUAGUGUGAUGAUGGGUUGGAGAUGUAGCUGUAUUGUGUUAGUUACUUUAAUGCUUCUGCCAUUAAUGGUUUAUUCGGGUUCUAUUGUCAAGAACCUUCCUGGUUUUGAUGGGGAACUUCCAUUCAAGCUUGAAACCGGAUACAUAGGAGUGGGAGAAGGAGCAAAGGUGCAAAUGUUUUACUAUUUUGUGGAGUCUCAAAGAAAUCCCUUUGUUGAUCCAAUUUUACUUUGGUUCGUUGGAGGUCCAGGAUGCUCUGCUCUUUCAGCAUUCUUUUUCGAAAAUGGGCCUUUAACAAUGGAAGACGAUUACAGCGGAAUCCUUCCAAAGCUUAAACUGAAUCCAUAUGGUUGGACACAUAUGUUGAAUAUGAUGUACAUAGAUAUACCAGUAGGGACUGGAUUUUCUUACUCAGAAACACAAGAAGGUUACUAUAGCAGUGACACACUGUGGGUGGAUCAUACAUAUUCUUUUCUACAAAAGUGGAUUCUUGAUCAUCCAAAGUUUAGCUCAAAUCCAUUUUACAUAGGUGGUGGCUCGUAUUCAGGAUUUACCACCGGUCCUCUUGUUCAAAAAGUAUACGAUGGAAACAUAGCAAGACAUAAGCCACACAUAAACAUCAAAGGUUAUGUGCUUGCAAGCCCUGCCGUUGACCUGUAUCAGCAUGUAAACGAUCAAGUUUUAUAUGCAUACCAUAUGAAUCUUAUACCAAAAGAACUCUACGAGUCAUUGGAGGAAAAUUGUAAGGGUGAUUAUGUAAACAUUGAUCCAAAUAACACAAAGUGUGUGUCAGAUUAUGAAGCUUAUUCCGAGCUAGUUCGAUAUAUAAACGAACAACAAAUUUUAGAACCUCUCUGCAUCACUACACCUGCUUUAAACCAGAUAAUUCGACAACCUGUUCAAGACGAUCAAGAAUUUUCGUGUAGAAGUUAUUAUCAUCUUCUGGUCGACAUAUGGGCAAACGAUGAAAAUGUGCGCAAGGCUCUUCGUGUCAGAGAGGGAACAAAAGGGGAGUUUUUGAGAUGCAACAAGACUUUGGCAUACACACAAACACUAACCGACGUUGUAGAAUAUUAUCGCAAUCUCACCAACGCCAACAUCCUAGCUCUCAUUUAUGGUUCUGAUCUUGACAUGUCUAUACCACAACUGGGGACACAAGUUUGGAUCAAGUCAUUCAACAUGAGCACACAUGAUAAAUGGCGUGCAUGGUUUGUUGAAGGUCAAGUAGCCGGAUUCACAGAAAUCUACAAGAUGAAAGAAGACCACUACUUAACAUAUGUGGCCUUGAAGGGUGCUGGACAUGUGGCCCAAACAUUUAAGCCUAAGGAAGUUUAUAAUAUGAUCAAGAGGUGGUUUUCAUUUUCUCUUAUUUAAUUGUUCUUCGAUUUGAUGGAGAAUUUUACUAUAUUAUAUAUUCAUUUAGUCUAUGUUUUGUGGAUUCUUUAUUCGUUUACCUACCAAUGAUGGAUUCCUUACACCCAUUAUUAGCAACAAUGUCUUGUGGAAAAUGCAUUUUUUUUUUAAUAAUAUUGUUGAUUGAAUCUAAAACACAAAUAAAUGUUUCAUCGUCAUGAUUGAUUGCAG